AUGCACUUGAAUCUAUUUUUGUUCGCCGUUUCGGCACCACUGUUUGUUAAUCUGAUUGUGGCGUCUCCUUUGACUGAAGGUUAUACCAAACAGCUAGCACCCUUAAAAAGAGCAGUCACCGCUAGUCCCAGUUUACUGAACGUCGAAUAUUUCGAGGAUGGUCCACUUGGCGGCGAAACGGUGGUUUUGAUCCACGGCUUCCCAUACUCGAUAGACGCAUUCGCUCCUGUGGUUCCCCUGCUCGUCAAUCAAGGAUACCGAGUCAUCGUACCGUACUUGCGCGGCUAUGGAGGAACUAGAUUUUUGCAUCAAAAUACCCCCCGAAGUGCUGAACAAGCCGCUCUGGGAUACGACCUGAUUGCGUUGAUGGAUGCCCUCCAUAUUGAUACGGCAAUUUGUGCAGGCUACGAUUGGGGCAGUGUCGCUGUGAAUGUAGCGACUGCCCUGUGGCCAGAGCGGUGUACUCGUAUGGUUGCUGCCAACAGCUAUCUUGUUCAAAAUCGAAGCACUGCUUGGGUCCCCACAGACCCCAAUGCUGAAGCAACGCGAUGGUAUUACUACGCCUUCCUCACGCCUCGAGGCGCGGCGGGUCUGGCUGAACGUCCAAAAGACUGGACGAAAACACUUUGGGAAAAGAACUCGAUCGGAUGGAAUUUUACUGAAGAAUAUCUCGACCUCACAACCACGGCGCUGUUCAAUCCUGACUUUGUCGACAUCACAGUCAAUUUUUACCGCAACCGACUUCUUUACGCGCCUGGAGACCCAUCCUUCGCGGAACUUGCAAAUAAACUGGAUAAUCUACCGACUAUCACGGUUCCGUCAGUUACUCUGGACCCGGAAGACAGUAUUGUUCUGCCACCAGCGGAUGCUUCUGCUGCAGCAAAAUUCUUCACGGGGCCGCGUUGCCACUACCGACUACCCGGCGUUGGAGAAAAUAUCCCGUACCAGGCGCCUGAAAUAUUCGCGAAUGCAAUCAUACAGGUUUCAGGUCUGAGUGUGUCAAAUACCACAUGUGCUGGUACUUUAUGA